AUGCCUUCCAGGAAUGAUCCGACAGACGCUCAGACGUUAAGUAACACCAACAGCACACCACACAACGGAAACAUUCUCAGUGGUAAUAAGAUCAUCGCCAACUUGACGACUGCAAUGGUGGACCAUGGCACAGGUGCACCCGCUGAGCAGGCCCAAUAUGAUCUUGGGGACAAAAGCUUCACGGGGCCUCCAAACACGCCCCAAAACUUAUCCACAAGUAAUGCGGAAAGCCUCGAGGUCAAAAUCGGGGAAAACUUGUCCCAGUUUGCUGCCACUACCGAAGUAGACGAUGAAGCCAGGGCCAGGGGUGAGGCAGCUCUUCAGCAAGUGCGUCUUCGGCGGCUUCUUGGGGGAUCGAAUUGGAGGGUCGACAGAGUCUCUGUACUGACCGGUGAUGUUCCGGAGAGGCGAGCUCAUAGCGUCUUGUAUGCCUUGCGCUAUGCGCUCGCAUCGGACCUCUUGUGCGAGUACGUGACGGAUACCCUGGAGCAAAAUGGGAAUAAUGAGCUGGUGGACGAAGAGCACAUGUGA